UCGUGAAGGCUGAUUCAAAGUAAGUAGUGUAGAGGGGAGUGCCUUGUGUAUUCACAGAUUAUCAAUGUGAGCAUCAGAUAAGAUUUCCUUUAGUCACACACACCUACCUUCUUACUAGGAAGAUCUGUAUACUUGAAUAAUUGUUCUGCUUGACCCAGGUUACUUAUCAAUCCCUUUAUUAUAAUAUUUGUAAAUAUUGGGGCUCGAGAACCGAGCGGAGCUGUUUGAGUCUUCAAAGUCCUAAAACGUGGGGUCGUGGGUUCGAGGUUUAUUGAUUGAAUUCGGCUGGCAGAGAGCCUCUGCAGAGAGAGAGCACGAGAGGUGGAGAUGGGCAGAUGGAUUCAUUUAGAGCUGCGGAACAGGGCGCCCUCUGAUGUGAAAGAACUUGCCGUGGACAACAGUCGGUCGAAUGAAGGCAAACUCAAAGGCCUGACGGAUGAAUUUGAAGAACUGGAAUGCUUAAGUACAAUCAGCGGAGGCCUCACCUCAAUCUCAAACUUACCAAAGUUAAACAAACUUAAGAAGCUUGAACUAAGAGUCUCAGGGGGCCUGGAAGUAUUGGCAGAAAAGUAUCCAAACCUCACGGAUCUAAAUUUAAGUGGCAACAAAAUUAAAGACCUCAGCACAGUAGAGCCACUGAAAAAGUUAGAAAAGCUCAAGAGCUUAGACCUUUUCAAUUGCGAAGUAACCAACCUGAACGACUACCGAGAAAACAUGUUCAAGCUCCUCCUGCAACUAACAUAUCUCCAUGGCUGUUACUGGGACCACAAGGAGGCCCCUGACUCGGAUACUGAGGGCUACGUGAAGGGCCUGGAUGACGAGGAGGAGGAUGAGCAUGAGGAUGAGGAGGAGCAUGAUGAAGAUGCUCAGGUAGUGGAAGAUGAGGAGGGCAAGGAUGAGGAGGAGGAAGGUGAAGAGGAGGACGUGAGUGGAGAGGAGGAGGAGGAUGAAGAAGGUUGUAACAAUGGAGAGGUAGAUGGCGAGGAAGAUGAAGAAGAGCUUGGUGAAGAAGAAAGGGGUCAGAAGAGAAAAUGAGAACCUGAAGAUGAGGGAGAAGAUCAUGACUAAGUGGAAUAACCUAUUUUGAAAAAUUCCUAUUGUGAUUUGACUGUUUUUACCCAUAUCCCAUCCCCCGUCCAGUCCAAUCCUGCCCCCUGAAACUUGUUUUUUUCUGAUUGUAACGUUGCUG